UUGACACCUUGAAAUAAUAUCGCUUGGUACCCAUCAAUCGGGCAAUUGGGCCGUUUGUCGGUUGUCCCCCUCAUGCGCCAUUUUCUCGUUGCAGGGAUAUCACGCGGGUUCCUGGGAUGCGGAUGAUACGAGCUGCAACUUUAGCUACAGCACCGUAGCAGGGGCCUAAAAGUCUAGAGUUCAGUCCGUCACAUCCCAAAUGGAAAAUGAGGAUGACGAUCCUGUCUAGUGUAGCUCACUAGCCAGGAGGCCUUGACCUUGAGCAACCUCAAUUCCGCAGUGUAAACCCCCUGCAUGAUGCAGUAUAUCUGCGACUCUUUCUUUUCCUUCUUUUCUUUUUUGUUCUUCCUGCAUCCGCGCUGCAUCUCCUUCCCCAUCCAUCCAUCCCAUCUCUUCUCAUUCCAUCUGCCCACCAUGCGUUUCACCUCCCUCCUAGUCGCUGCUACCGCGACAUUCACGCAAUGUCUCGCUGCGAGCUAUGGAAGCUAUGGUGAAGUCCCUGCUAUUCGCACAUACUUCAUGGUCGGUGGAGGUUAUGUAGAUGAUGGUGCAGGCGGAGAGAUCUUCCGUGAUCAGAUGUACGUGGAGAGACUGGUCCCUACCAAGGGACCAUACAAGUCUACGCCUCUCGUAUUCAUCCACGGACAGGCCCAAACAGGAACCAAUUUCCUAAAUAAGCCUGACGGAGGCCGUGGUUGGGCGAGCCAGUUCAUCAACCAGGGCUACGAAGUUUAUAUCGUCGAUCAGACCUUCCGAGGACGAUCGGCAUGGGCGCCCCUCGCCGGUGCUACCAAGCCCUCCACAUACUCGGCCCAGAUCAUCGAGCAGCGCUUCACUGCCGUGCAGGAGUUCAACCUGUGGCCCCAGUCUCAGAAGCACACCCAGUGGCCUGGUACCGGCAAGCGAGGAGACCCUGUCUUUGACGCCUUCUAUGCUUCCAACGUCCAGUUCAUCAACAAUGCCACAUACCAGCAGGAGACCGUCCAGGCUGCUGGUGCUGCCCUUCUUGACAAGAUUGGCAAGCCUGUUAUCCUCCUUGGUCACAGCCAAGGUGGUAUGAUGCCCAUUCUUGUCGCUGAUGCCCGCCCCAAGCUCACCAAGGGCCUCAUCCUUCUUGAGCCCUCUGGUCCUCCCUUCCGAGACGCCGUCUUCAGCACCAAGGCCUCUCGCGCCUACGGUCUGACUGACAUUCCCCUCGUCUACAGCCCUGCCGUCACCGACCCUUCCACCGAUCUCGUCCAAGAGGUCCAGCCCAGCCGUGGCGAGGACUUUGUCGAGUGUAUCCUCCAAGCCAAGAAGCCUGCCCCUCGCCGUCUCGUCAACCUUGCCAAGAAGCCCAUCCUCCUCAUCACCUCUGAGGCUUCUUAUCACAUGCCUUACGACUACUGCAUUGCUCGUUACCUCAAGCAGGCAGGUUGCUCCAAGACCAAGCACAUCGAGCUUGGUGAGGUUGGUAUCCACGGCAAUGGACACAUGAUGUUUAUGGAGAAGAACAGUGAUCAGAUCCAGGCUCUUGUCGAGCGCUGGGUGCGAUCAACAUAAUUUGGCUACUCAUUUAGCCCUCGUGUCGCUUCUCACUGAGCAAUCUUUGCUGCCAAAGGGAGCUUCAGUGUUGGGUUCAGCGGCCGUUCAAGACUGGCAGAAUAAUAGAUCAAACAUACUCGUUGUCGAUGACCCAUAUAUAUAGAAUUAAUUAUAACUUUAAUGCCAUACUAAAACUCUCACAAUAAUAAUCGCUAUAAAUGCUGCAAAAGCACAAA